AUGAAAACAAAGCAUAAGUUUUUGUUUAUGGUUCUGGCUUUGGAAUGUUUGCUUCAAGGAGUGAUAGGACUCUCCAGAUCAGAUCUAUACAAACACGUGCAGGAGAAAUCGGAACCUUUGGUACCACCAAUGGAUGGAGACAAAGAUGCUCUGGAUAUCUCUUUCCAUAUGUCUUUAUUUUCUAUAAAUAGAGUGGACGACAAGGCCCAGGUCCUAUCUUUUACAAUGGGAAUAGGAGUAAUCUGGAAUAACAAACACGUGACUUGGAAUGCUUCUCACUAUAGCGAUGUCGCCAUCAUUAGUCUUCCUGCAAAGUUGGUCUGGUUCCCCAGAUCGGUUUGUGUUCAAAAUGAGGUAGGGGUCAAUAAGUGCUUUCCUGAAGACUCGACAGCUUUGAUCAGUGCUGAUGGGACUACAUCUCUUAUUGAAGUUUUGGAAAUAUCAAUUUCCUGCAAAAUGGGUUUGAAAUAUUUCCCGUUUGAUAAACAGACAUGUGUGGCUUUGUACACAAAUCGCAUCCCACAUGUUGAAAAGUUGCGAUUUAAACUUCGGAAGUUAAAUAAAGAAGAAAUGUCUUACUUUGCGGAACAUACAGAAUGGACGCUUACAGAUGCUUCAGCAGAAGUAAAAGAUGUUCUUAGUAACGUACCUGAAGACAACAAUUUAAUAAUAAAUAUUAAACUACAAAGAAAACCGUUUUUUGCAAUAUGCUCAAACCUCCUACCAAUUUGGAUUUUGUCGGUAUUAAACAUUGUUUGCUUCCUAGUACCCGUCAAAUCGGGAGAGAAAAUGAACACAUGCAUCAUAAUUUUCCUAUCAUUUGCAGUGUUUUUAACAGGAAUGAAAGAUUCCAUGCCGCAGACUUCCGAUGAAGUCUCGUACUUUCUCGUCUAUGUGUUUACACAGUUAAUAGUCAGUGGUCUUGUUGUGGUGUUAGAAGCCAUAGUGUUACACGUUCAUCAUCAGCACGAGGAUUCGGAGCUGAUUGGUAGCGAGCUGUCGAUGAAGUUAGAGAAAUAUUUCUCCACCAAUAAGGACAUGAAGCUGAAAAGGAAGCCUCGUAGAAUAUCUAGUCGAACAUUGGACAAAAUAUUUGGCAUAUCUGUGAUUUUGAUAAACCUGACUUCUCUUAUCAUAUAUUUGGUAUUCUCAUUGACAGAAUUUUGA